ACCCGUCUUCCCAACAAGGCAAGCAGCCCCCCUCUCCCCCUCUCUCUCCCCAAAAGAACACGACUUUCUUUGACCCUCCCCUUGAUUCGCGGACCUGCGGAGGAAGGAGCCAGCCCCAUGGCGACGGAGACCGCCAGCGCCGGCCCGGGCGCCGCCUACGAGGAGGAGCGCAGGAAGCGGAUCCUCGACAACCUCAAGCACCUCGAGAGUCUGGGCAUUUCCAAGAUGGCCAAGAGCUUGGUCCAGGCGACCAGGCAGCAGGGCAAGACCGCCCGUGCGAGCCCCAAGCCGAGGAAGAAGUUCGAGGCCGCCACUGAAGUCAGGCGCUCCUCCAGGGCCAAGACUACAGUUUCCUACAAGGAGGAUUUACCUGAAGUUGACAAUUUUGUGCGCCGCAGAAGGGUUAGCAAAGGUCCAGACAAUGGAAGGGGAUACACUGGAAGAAUUUCUUCUUAUCAGCAACAAAAGCGUGCUUUUAAAAGAGCUGAGAAAUUUCAAGAUAGUCUGGACGCUGGCAACCUAUCGUUUGUUAAACCCAUGGUUCGAUCACAUGUAUCUGGCUGCUUUUGGCUUGGUCUGCCUUCUAGGUUUUGCAAAGAUCAUCUGCCUCCCAGUGAGUAUAAAAUGGUGCUGGAGGAUGAAGAGGGUGGUGAGUUUGAUGUUGUAUACAUUGGAAAUCGAACAGGUCUGAGUGGCGGAUGGAGAGGCUUUUCGAUGCACCAUGAUCUGGAAGAUGGGGAUUCAUUGGUCUUUGAAUUGGCUGAGCCUGAUAGAUUCAAGGUUUACAUUUUCAAAGCUAUUGAGGAUGCAAAUGAAGCCAAGCCUGGUGAUAAGACUGCUGAUGUGGAUACAAUGGACAGCGAUUCAGCCCAGGAAGAGCCUGACCAGACAGAUUCACCUGCUUCUGAACCUCCCUCUAGCCCUCAACCUCUCGUAGGAGCAAAAAGAAGGAAGCUCCGUGGGAGAUAGUAGCGUUCUUGUUAGAUCCAUCAGACCCAAAAUACAGGUACUUAGGGCAAGUAUGUUGCCGUAUCAGCAAUGCGCUCUCCUGCCAGGUCAUCUGUUUUGCGUCUUUUUGUUGGCCUCUUUCUGGAAAUAUGGGUGUUCAGUAAUUACCCUUCCAUUGCCUAGAUUUAACAUGUAAAGAGAUGUUUUGGCACCAGUAACCGAGCACUCAUAACCCCUCCAUGUUAUGCUAAUUUGGUGUCUCAAGCGCUGCAA